UGGGUAGUGUCAUUUCCUAGAGAAUGGUCUCGAAGUAACUUCUCGGUAAAGUCUUCACGGAACUUCCAGACCACACUUGCCCACUGGGAGGUUUUAGGACCCGAGACGUGUGCAGGCUUUUCCGGCCAAAAUGAAGUUUAAUCCCUUUGUGACUUCCGACCGAAGCAAGAAUCGCAAAAGGCAUUUCAAUGCACCUUCUCACAUUCGAAGGAAGAUUAUGUCUUCCCCUCUUUCCAAAGAGCUGACACAGAAGUACAACAUGCGAUCCAUGCCCAUCCGAAAGGAUGAUGAAGUUCAGGUUGUACGUGGACACUAUAAAGGUCAGCAAAUUGGCAAAGUAGUCCAGGUUUACAGGAAGAAAUAUGUUAUCUACAUUGAACGGGUGCAGCGGGAAAAGGCUAAUGGCACAACUGUCCACGUAGGCAUUCACCCCAGCAAGGUGGUUAUCACUAGGCUAAAACUGGACAAAGACCGCAAAAAGAUCCUUGAACGGAAAGCCAAAUCUCGCCAAGUAGGAAAGGAAAAGGGCAAAUACAAGGAAGAAACCAUUGAGAAGAUGCAGGAAUAAAGUAAUCUUAUAUACAAGCUUGGAUUAAAACUUGAAACAAAAAAAAUAAAAAAAUAAA